CUGCCGGGGUGGUGAUACUUUGGCUGGAGCGCCGGAGCUUCCCGCAGACUGCGGUUCGCCCAGGCUUGCGUCUCUCCGUGGAACUCGGGGAGGCAGCAUUCUGAGCCUUGGGGCGGCCCCUUUCGUGGUUGGGGUGGAAGUCCCUGGAGCCCCUGAGCGCCCCCUCCCCUAGGUGGCCAUGAACGGAUGGGCCAGCAAAGAGGCGGUGCAGGCUGCGGCCCGGGAACUCAUCAAGUUCGUGAACCGGAGUCCCUCUCCUUUCCACGUCGUGGCCGAGUGUCGCAGCCGCCUCCUCCAGGCUGGCUUCCGUGAACUCAAAGAGACGGAGACCUGGGAUCUCAAGCCCGAGAGCAAGUACUUCCUGACCAGGAACUCCUCCACCAUCAUCGCCUUUGCUGUGGGAGGCCAGUAUGUUCCUGGCAAUGGUUUCAGCCUCAUUGGUGCCCACACGGACAGCCCCUGCCUUCGGGUGAAACGGCGAUCUCGCCGCAGCCAGGUGGGCUUCCAUCAGGUCGGUGUGGAGACCUAUGGUGGGGGCAUCUGGAGCACCUGGUUUGACCGUGACCUGACCUUGGCCGGACGCGUCAUCGUCAAGUGCCCGACCUCAGACCGGCUGGAGCAGCGGCUGGUGCAUGUGGAGCGGCCCAUUCUUCGCAUCCCACACCUGGCCAUCCAUCUGCAGCGAAAUGUCAACGAGAGCUUCGGGCCCAACCCGGAGACACACUUAGUCCCCAUCCUUGCCACAGCAGUCCAGGAGGAGCUGGAGAAGGGGACUGCUGAGCCAGGGCCUCUCAGUGCUGCAGAUGACCGGCACCACUCGGUCCUCAUGUCCCUGCUCUGUGGCCACCUGGGGCUGAGCCCUGAGGACAUCUUGGAGAUGGAGCUCUGCCUUGCAGACACGCAGCCUGCGGUGCUGGGUGGUGCUUAUGAGGAGUUCAUCUUUGCCCCUCGCCUGGACAAUCUGCACAGCUGCUUCUGUGCUCUGCAGGCCCUGAUCGAUUCCUGCGAGGCCCCUGCCUCCCUGGCUGCCGAUCCCCACGUGCGCAUGAUUGCCCUCUAUGACAACGAAGAGGUGGGGUCUGAAAGUGCCCAAGGGGCACAGUCGCUGCUGACGGAGCUGGUGCUGCGGCGGAUCUCGGCCUCGCCCCAGCACCUGACGGCCUUCGAGGAAGCCAUACCCAAGUCCUACAUGAUCAGCGCAGACAUGGCCCAUGCCGUGCACCCCAACUACCUGGACAAGCAUGAGGAGAACCACCGGCCCUUAUUCCACAAGGGCCCUGUGAUCAAGGUGAACAACAAGCAGCGCUAUGCUUCCAAUGCAGUUUCAGAGGCCCUGAUCCGCCGGGUGGCCAACAAUGUCGGGGUGCCCCUGCAGGAUCUCAUGGUCAGGAAUGACUCUCCCUGUGGGACCACCAUUGGACCUAUCUUGGCUUCUCGGCUGGGGCUGCGCGUACUGGAUUUGGGCAGCCCUCAACUGGCCAUGCACUCCAUCCGGGAGACAGCGUGCACCACAGGAGUGCUCCAGACCAUCACCCUCUUUAAGGGCUUUUUUGAGCUGUACCCUUCUCUGAGGAGUAACCUCUUAGUGGAUUGAGGCCUCUUGGAAAGAUUUCUCUUGUACUUGAAGAAGGAAAGUUCUCAACUGAGUUGAAGCUAGAAUAUUAAAGUGGAUUUUUCACUUAAA